UCUGCUCGUAAUCCCAGUCCACGGCCAUCAGGCCAGAAGGAUGAUGCUGGUAAAGUCACUAAUGGAGGUACACAGACCGGUGCCGGGAAACCUCGAACUGAUGGAAAGAUAUUGAGAUGAAUUGUUAAUUGUUCUCCUGACUCUUUUGAUCACGAAGCUUAUUGUUUCAGCGUUAUACCGAUGGUGCAGGGAGUUAUGAAAGAGAGAGAGGCGAUCAAAGGAUGUUUUAGUCAAGGAGUCACUAGUGCCGAGUAUUGCCAAAAUACAGAGUGUAAAGCAAUAAGUCGUGGAAAAAAAGAUGCCCUUUUUUGUUGUUGUACUACGGACUUAUGUAAUGGAGAAAUGAUAAAUGUUGCAAACGCAACAAGUCAAACGGAUUCUGGGUUGCCGUUCAAUGAUGGAGGCUCUUCAAGCUUCAUUGAAUAUCCUCACGCAAUAGCACUUGUUGCUAUUGGUGUUGCUCUCCUGUGUCUUAUGUUUUUGACUUGUUGGUGGUACUUCAUGCUGAGGAUUCGUGCAAAGCGAGAGGCAGUACCUGGGGUAAACACUGGUGGCUCAACGGAUGAUGCAGAACAGCUUCUGAUUAUGGGGAACUCCCAAGAGUCGUUGAACGUUACUCACUUAGAGCAAAUCGGAAGAGGUAGAUUUGGCGAAGUGUAUCGUGGAAUUAUACAUGGUUCUUCCGUUGCAGUCAAAAUUUUUCCAAAAACGGAGCUUAACAGCUGGAAGACUGAAAAAAAUAAUGUCUUGAAGUUGGAAGAGGCGUUAAAGAUUGUAAUUUCAAUGCUGACAGGACUUUCGUUUCUACAUGAAGAAAAAGUGUUAGACAGUGGUUUGAAGAAGCCUUGUGUAGUUCAUCGGCAAGUUAUUUUUGAAAUUGAUUUCAAAUCUCACAAUGUACUGCUGAAGAAUGAUUUAACUGCUGUUGUUGCUGAUUUUGGUUUGGCAAUGGUUUGCGAAAAUGGAAAAAGCCCGUCAGAAGGGACUCGCGGACAGGUAGUAGGAACAAGACGAUACAUGUCUCCUGAAGUUCUUGAAGGGGCUACAGAGUUUAGCGCGUUUGCAUUCAGGCAGAUUGACGUAUAUGCAGCUGCUUUGGUUUUAUGGGAAGUGAUCAAACGAACGGUCUUUCAUGACCAAGAUCACGCAGAACAGUAUAAGCAGCCAUAUGAAGAAGAGGUUGGGAAGGACCCUUCAAUAAAUGAUCUGAGAAUAGCUGUAGUACGUGACAAAAUCCGACCGCUUAUAAGGUCAACAAUAUUUUAUAAUAAGAUUGGUUGUGGUUUAUGGAAAACGAUAGAAGAAAUGUGGAAUGCAGAACCUGAUGGUCGUAUUACUGCUGGGUGUGCUUUGGAAAGAAUUAAACGUUUGAAAGACCGCCUCAAAGAUUUUACGGCGACUGGAAAUCAAGCUUUCAAUACUCCUUCCGCAGAUGAAACUGCUCUGUCUAGUAUGUACAAUGUUCGAGAAGAAGAUCCGGCAACACCACGGAAUGGAAUGAAUGACUUAGACUUUCGUCAGAUGUACGCUCCACCAAAUCAACGUUUAGAGCUGUCCUCGAAUAUGUUAGAAAAUCUUUAUCCGAUUAUUCGAAACGGUUAUAAUCAGGGCAAUCUUAUUCACACAGUCGGACCUGCUAAAGUGUAG